GGGAUGGCAUGGGCUGCAAAUGGUGGUUAGGAUCAAGAGACCCUGGGAAACGAGCCCUCCCAGACAUGAGGGAGACUUAACAGGACCAACUUGGGGGCCCAAGGCUCUAGCAAACAGAGACAACUGGAGUCAGCUCCAACCCAACAAAGAAAAUCAUCAGGAAAACUUGUACUGACCAUAUGACUUCAGAUGCCUUGAAGAACCCCUUCUAACUCUAGAGGGGCCAUCUACCAACCGUGCAGAGAACAAACUAAAACAGGGAGGCCUGCCAAUCAGGCAAGAGCGUUGGACACUCUGAGAGGAGCCAGGAGAUGAGGUCCUCUGGAGACAGACAAGAUUUCCAAGGAAAAGACUGAGGGAAGUUUGUUCACUGUGGAAGAAGGUGGCAUAGGACACAGUAAGACAGAAAAGGAGAGUGAGGGAGGGACCGAAUUGGGGGAGAUGGCUGCUGGAGGCAAUGGGUGUGAGAUGGGGCCCACCCCAAUUCUGCCCCCCAGGCCUGACAAGCAGGGAUCCUUCUGCUGGGCCAGGCUGUGGGCAAGCAGCAGAGGUUCUGAGAGGCGGAGUCUCAGCCUGGAGGAAGUCUCAGCUGGGAGAGGAGGGACAGAAGACGACAAUGUCAAGGCCUUGGGAGGGGAGCCUGAAGCAGAGAAAGGAAUUGGGGCCUGGUCUCCCCAUGACAGAGUUCAUCAGGGUCCAGGAUCUGCCCUGUCUUGGCAUCGCCUGGCCAGGCCAUGGCUCAGGUAUCUGACACCUGGGGCCCGGAGUCACAUGCCAGGAAACUCAACACUCUUGGGGCCCAGCCCCCAACUUCCAGCAGCUACGAGCAAACAGGGCUUCUAGAGAAGGAAGCGGUUCUCUAGAGCCGGGCAGCAGGGAGACUACUUCCGGGGAGAGGGAACACAAGAGAAGACUCUCCCACCAACAGGGGUGAGAAGUUGAGAGGAGGAGGGUGGGGGGGAGGAAGAGUAGAGUGGAGAGGACAAAGCUGGGGCAGGCAGGGGGCAGGUGCUCCAGGAAAAGGGGGAGAUGGGCACAGAAAGCAGGCAUAGUCACCUAGCCUAGGUGAAUGCCCUGACAUCUGCUCGCUGAUCUGUCUUCCUUGUCUCCUUCACCCUAGUGCCAAUCUGGCCCUCAGCUGCCUACGGAGCCCACCUGGCAGCCACCCAGGUAGGUUGGUAGAAAAAGACUUUAUUCCAAUAAGGGAGAUCAGUACAUGGGCAGAAGCAAAGCCUUAGGAGCUCCCAGACCCAGAGUGACCAACAGGGCCUUGGACCAUGGAACUUCAUAGAUUAGCCCUCCAGAAUCAAAGAGACGCUAGAAAAAUCUCAGGCCCAGGGGAAUCUUUUACCCAAAGGGCCUGAAAAAGGAACCCUAAACCCCAAAGAAGAAGCUAAAGUCGCCCAGGCCUGACAGAACCCCCAAAGGAAGGUCCCCGCCCACAGAGACCCCACAGGGGACCUCCGGAAGAGAGAGCUGGCAGUGGGGAAUGGAAUUCUUUUGACUCAUUCUUCCUUUAUGGGGCUUUUCUUCCCCAGAUCCUACUGCACUCCAGGACUAUGCCAAUAUUUGGCCAUGCUCCUACCAGCCAGUCACCUCCUCUCUCUCCUGCUGGUGCUAGGCACAGGUGGCACGGUGCCCAGCCCCUGGGUGCCUCCUCAGGGCUGCUACGUGGCAGAAGAAGCUGGUGAGAGGACAUUCCGCUGCAGCCAGGCAGGCCUGAGUGCUGUGCCCACCGGCAUCCCCAACGACACCCGCAAGCUCUACCUGGAUGCCAACCAGCUGGCAUCAGUGCCAGCUGGAGCCUUCCAGCACCUGCCUGUCCUGGAGGAGCUGGAUCUGUCCCAUAAUGCCCUUGUCCACCUCUCAGGGGCUGCUUUCCAGGGCCUGGCAGGCAGUCUGCGCCACCUUGACCUCUCUGCCAACCAGCUGGCCUCGGUGCCUGUGGAGGCCUUCGUGGGCCUGAAGAUCCAAGUGAAUCUAUCCGCCAACCCAUGGCGCUGUGACUGUGCCCUCCAGGAGGUGCUCAGGCAGGUGAGGCUGGCACCGGACACUGGAACAGGCAUCGUGUGUGGCCCCGGAGCCCCACCAGACCUCGUGGGGCAAGAGUUCCUGCCGCUGGCAGGGGAGGAAGAGCUGUGUGGGACGGGGCGGGGUGGGGCCCAGCGGAGCACUGAUGUAGCCCUGCUGGUCACCAUGGGGGGCUGGCUGGUGCUCGUGGUGGCUUAUCUGGCGCACUACGUGUGGCAGAACCGGGAUGAGACUCGACGUCCCCUCAAGCCGGCCCCCGUGCUGCCCGUGCGCUCUGAGGACUCCUCUACCCUCAGCACAGUGGUCUGAGGACCAGGGCCACUCCUCCAGCCCCAUGCCCCACACUCCUACCACCGUGCCCUCUCUUUUCCUCUAACCCUCUGCCUCCUCUACAGCCCCCCAUCCCCCAAAUUCCUCCCCACUUCCUCCUCUGUCUCCCCUAAACACCUGAUCUCUCUCUCUCUCUCUCAAUCAACACCAUCUUUGGUGACUACUGUGCCUGGUUGUGCUAGACUCAGAGACCCAAACCUCCCGAGUCCACAGGGGGGGGGGGGGGGGGGGGCAACAGAACAGAGGUGGGUGCGGGCAGAACAUGGAGGAGGAAGCCUCUGCCUGGCUGUGUGGAUGUCUGAACUGACAUUUCAAGAAUGAAAAGGGCUUUGGGCAGAAGAGGGAGGACCCUAGCGAAAAAGCAGUAAACAAAGUCAAAGAAGAUGCAAACAACUUAGAAGAUAUGGGCACCAAAAAGACCUACCUGGCGGCUGGAAUAGAGGAUGCAAAGAGGGGCAAGGGGAUGGUGGGCCAAGCUGGAGGGGAAGUCAGAAACUGGGGUGCAGACAGAUCGAGAAGGACUGUGUGGGCUCCUGCUCUCUUCUCUCCAUCUACGGAGAAGCUCCCCCUUACUUCCUGCCUCUCUCUUGACCCCAGGCUCCUCUCCCUGUGUCUUCUCUUGGGGGGCUUCCUGGCUUAGAGUCCUCUGCUUCCUUUUCCAGAGACUCUCCAUCUCUCUUCUCUCUCUUUUAUACACUGAUGGGCUUUCUGAACCCUUUCCCUUGGGGGAAGAGUGGUCUCCUCUAUGUCUGAGCUGAAGAUGGGUCACCGGGAGUCGGAGGGGGAUAGGGACGAGGAGGUCUCCCACCUCCAGAAUAUCACUGGAAAACUCAAUAAAGUCACUUUUAUCAAGGCUCCUGAUCUCUUCCUUAUUGUUCAUUUCAUUGAAUGCACGUGGCUUGACAGUGAGGAGUGGGAAAGUGUUGAGCCCUUUACCACGGCCUCUGCCACCACUUUGGCGGCGUGUGCUCCCGCUGGGUUGGAUGCCAACUCCUCUCUCCCCUCCUACCUCCCAGUUCCUGACACCAGAGUCUAUCUGCUAGGGAUGCCAGGGCCUAUGAAUUAAUGAUAAUGGAACCAGAAUGGAGAAUGGGAGGAGGCUAGAGGGAGGACAAACAGGGAGGAGGGAAGGAGGGCAAGGUCCAGGCAUCAGUGAUCAGCUGGCAGCUUCCAGUCUGUUAGACGGGGCAUAGGAAGCAAAGGGAAAGGGAGCUGUUACCCUCCUGGCAAUCUCUCAUUUCUCUCAGUGGGAAUCUGAGCAGGGGUUACAGAGAAACUAGAUGUGCUCAAAGUUAAUGAAAGAACUCGUGGGGCAGAGGAGACCAAGUUGCCUGAAGAAGGGGGGCCAUAUGAGAUAUCCCUAUCACCAAAUGGGCUUCUCAAGGGACCAAAGGGGUCAACACACCCCCUCCCUUGCCCUCAUGCAGCAUGAUCCACCCAUGCAGCCUCCGUGGAGGAAACUGCUGCUUUGGGGAAUCUCAUGGAAACUCCAACAGAAGCUGAACAUAAGAACCACUGAACCACGGUUCCACCCAGCUUGGGGCAGAUUCUGGGACAGAUGGAGAGGCUGCUCAAGAAGAAGCAAACAGGGGUGCCUG